AUGGAGAAAAAAAGAUGCAUGAGACUUCAUGCAGGAUUGCCCGAGUCUUUUUGGGCUGAAUUCAUUAAUCAUGUUGCCUACUUGGUUAAUCGGUCACCGUUUAAGCUGCUAAACUUCAAAUGCGCCGAAAAAGUAUGGUCGGACAAAGAAGUUGACUAUUCUACUCUGAAGGUUUUUGGAUGCAAGGCGUAUGUUCAUAUUCCAAGUGACAAACGGAACAAGCUGAAGCCAAAGUCACUCGAGUACAUUUUCCUUGGUUUUGAGAAGAGAGUGAAAGUCUACAAGCUAUGGGAUCCGAAAAACAAGAAGAAAGUGAUGAGUAGAGAUGUCUUGUUUGAUGAAAGACUUGGAGCUGAAGCUAUUGACAAAGAUAAUGAUCGUGAAGAGAAUCAUCGUCGUACUAAAAUUCCUUUAUCAACGGAAGCCAACACCAAUCCUGAGGAAGCAGUUUCUUGCUUUGCUCUGUCAAAGAAUGAUUCUUAUGUCAUGUCAGCAUCAGGGGGCAAAAUUUCUCUAUUCAAUAUGAUGACCUUUAAGACAAUGACAACUUUCAUGGCUCCGCCACCUGCAGCGACAUUUCUUGCAUUCCAUCCUCAAGACAACAACAUUAUUGCUAUAGGGAUGGACGACUCUACAAUCCAAAUCUACAAUGUCCGAGUUGAUGAGGUACGAAGAAAAAGAAACAAUAUUGUUUGCUUUAUUGAGAAGGGAAAGUUAGGUUCUAACCAAUUCUUUAUACAGGUCAAGAGCAAGCUUAGAGGCCAUUCAAAAAGAAUUACUGGUCUUGCCUUCUCAAAUUCUCUAAACGUUCUGGUCUCAUCUGGAGCUGAUUCUCAGCUUUUUGUUUGGGGAACUGAUGGAUGGGAGAAACAAAAGAACAAGUUCUUGCAAAUUCCAUCAGGUCAUAGUUCACCUACUGUUUCAGAUACCCGUGUUCAGUUCCAUCAGGAUCAGAUACACUUCCUAGCUGUACAUGAGACCCAAAUAGCUCUAUAUGAAACCAGUAACCUAGAGUGUGUUAAGCAGUGGGUUCCACGUGAAGGUUCUGCGCCAAUCUCCCACGCCACAUUCUCUUGUGACAGUCAGUUGAUAUAUGCAAGUUUCUUGGAUGCUAGCGUUUGCAUAUUUAAUGCUGCGAAUUUCAAGCUGAGAUGUCGAAUCAAUCCUGCCGCCUAUCUCCCUGCUAAUCUCAGCUCAAGCGUCUAUCCAACUGUAAUUGCUGCACAUCCAUCAGAACCCAACCAACUUGCCCUGGGACUUACAGAUGGCAAUGUUCAUGUAUUGGAACCGUUAGAAUCCGAAGGUAGAUGGGGAGCUGCUCCACCCGCUGAAAAUGGAUCUGCAAGCAGCAUGUCCCCAGUGCCUCCGGCUGGAUCAUCAAGUUCAGAUCAACCUCAGAGGUGA